CCGUACGUGAACGCGUACCGUACUACCUUGCCGUAAGUUGUAUAGCGCCAUCUCGCGACAUUGGUAAAAUCCGCGAAGAUAUUUGGAAAUGACAGAAAUUUCAGAAUCAACUCUACCAAUCGUCUUUAACCAGCUUAAGGAUGUCUUGACUGCACAGAAGAAACUAAUGGACCGAAAUUAUUCAAAUGUGCCUUCAUCAAAGAGCUCUGGUAUUGAACAAUCAGAAGUUGACAGACUUCAACAAGAAUUGGAGGAUGAAAGGAGAGAGCAUAAAAAGACAAAAGCAUUGCUAGCAAGCCAGUCGGACAAACUUCAAUAUGCACUGGGUGAGAUUGAGAUCCUGACAGCUCAGCUUACCAGAGAAAAAAAGCUCUUUGAAUCAUCGUUUGGUAGGAUCAGUGAAAGGGUGAAGAAAGAAUCAUCAAAGAGUCAGCAGCUGGAAACAAAAUGCACAACUAUCAAGGCUGAGAAAGAGAAGCAAGAGGAGAUACUGGCCUUCAAGGACUCCAAGAUCUUGGAACUCAAGAAACGUCUUGCUAGUCAGAAAGAGAAUCAUCAACGCCACCUUGAGGAAGUCAAGAUUCAGAUGGAGCAGGAAGCUUACAUUAGUCGUAACCUAUCAACCAAACAAGAGAGAGAUCGAACUCUGAGGAACAGUUCUUUGAGAUGACACUGUAUGAUUCAUCAAUGCCACCUGGAGGAAGUCAAGACUCAGAUGGAGCAGGAAGCUUACAUCAGUUGUAACCUAUCAACCAAACAAGGGAGAGAUAGAACUCUGAGGAACAGUUCUUUGAGAUGACACUGUAUGAUUCAUCAACGCCACCUGGAGGAAGUCAAGAUAACAGAUGGAGCAGGAAGCUUACAUUAGUCGUAACCUAUCAACCAAACAAGGGAGAGAUUGAACUCUGAGGAACAGUUCUUUGAGAUGACACUGCAUCAUUCAUCAACGCCUCCUGGAGGAAGUCAAGAUUCAGAUGGAGCAGGAGGCUAUCAUUAGUCGUAACCUAUCAACUAAACAAGGGAGAGAUAGAACUAUGAGGAACAGUUCUCUGAGAUGACGAUGUAUCAUUCAUCAACGCCUCCUGGAGGAAGUCAAGAUACAGAUGGAGCAGGAGGCUUACAUUAGUCGUAAUCUAUCAACCAAAGAAGGGAGAGAUAGAACUCUGAGGAACAGUUCUUUGAGAUGACACUGUAUGAUUCAUCAACGCAACCUGCAGGAAGUCAAGAUACAGAUGGAGCAGGAAGCUUACAUUAGUCGUAACCUAUCAAGCAAACAAGGGAGAGAUAGAGCUCUGAGAAACAGUUCUUCAAGGUAACAUAGUGUGAAUCCUCAACAUAACCUGGAAGAAUUUGAGAUACAGAAGCAGCAGUAAAGGGAGUGAUUAUAACUUUCACCUAAGUUCAUAGGUCUUCCUCAGUUCAAGUUGGCUUCUCUGAUUUUGUCACAUUUAGAUCAACUUGCAGAUUUCUGCACUUACUGUACAGCUGCUCUCCUGAAGGAAUCCUGCCACAUUUAUCUUUUUUUGAUUACCAGUCCAUAUAUUUUAUCAUAGGCAAAUUGCAGGAUCCCUUCUAAAAAGAUGCAGCACAGACAUUGUCUACAGGUGCCUGCACAUUGAAUGCAUGUACGAUCCAGACGCCAGUCUGAUAUUAAGGUUCAUAAGAUAAAUGGAAAUUAAUUGUUUUUGUAUAUUCUUUUCAGAAGAUGAUGUUAAUGCCAAUGAUGCUAAAACAAGAAAAUUACCAGAAUACGAUAUCAAAGCGACGAGGUCAGUUGCCACGGUGUCAUGGCUGCCUGGUUCUUAACAAAUGAACCUGCCGCAUGAAAGCGUGUGUUUCUCUUAGGAGAAAAUGGCUGCUAUCAGAAUUUGAUUGCUUGCAACCUAUUUUUCAGACUAGCCAAAGUCAUGCAUAUGUGUACAGACGAUCGUCAGCUGUGACUCUGUUUAGAACCAGCCACACUUUGGUACAUGUACUCUAUCAUGCUCACUUGGUCUACAAGCAGUUGGUGUAUUUUCAAUCGAUGUAAUGGUUAUUUAAUCUACACUGCAAUUGAUCUAAUACCCACUUAGUCUAAUUCUCACAUUUUCUAAAGCCCAGUUAGUCUAAUUUCCACUUUGUCUUCUGUUAUUUUGUACUUUUUCAAAUGAAAAAUUUGCCUUGUAAACAGUUCAUCUUACCAUAGGCUAAUUGGGCAUUGCAACAAAUGUUAUAUAACAUGUACAUAUAUUACAUAUUUCACACGUCGAGCAAUAUAUAUUUCCUCGGGAAAAAUAUAACUCCACCCGGGAAAUGAAUUGCUGUAUUCAAAGUCGAACUCUACGAAGGCAAUAUCUGUAUGAUAGUCAAUUCCAAGUCAAGCAAGUCCUAAAUUCAAGCAUAUGUUAUAAGGUGUUGCAAGAAUGUUGAAAUGCGAUUGAGCACAUCAACUACAAAUGUGGAUUCACCUGGCUUGAUUUUGUGCACUUGAAUUGGAAUUGAACAUCAGUUUCUCACACCACUCAUAAGUUUUAUUAGACCAAGUGGAUUUUAGACGAAAUGUAUAUAUAGCGGAACUGAAAAUUAGACGGCACGGUAAAUGGGCAAAAUGGCAUUUAGACCAAAUUUUACAUUUAAGUACACAUCCUGGUUGUAGAGGAACCGUUAGACCACAUUGGAUGAGACGGGACAGAAAGAAGACUAAGGUUGUAGACCAAGACACAAUUCACCAAAUAGAUAAGGCAUUCAGGUCAGAAAGAGAUUUGAUAAGUUUUGGAGUAUGGUUACUCUAAGAUAAGCAACCCCCUAACCAACAAUAAGUCGCCAGGGAAGGUUCUUUAUAGUCAAAAUGGUGAUUUGGUCUUCAAAAAAUAACAAAAUAGUAAAUAAGUUUAUCUGAAAGAGUAGUUUUUUCUUGUUCAUACUGUCAAGACUUCAAGUUCUAAAGUUGACUAUAAAAACAGAUACAAGAGUUUCUUGGACACAAGUUUUUGUGGACUGCUUGGAAGUUUUACUGAGAUUGCAAAGUGUGCUCAUCUCAUGCUUGAGGGAACCCCAAACUUCAAAUCUCGUACUCUUUCAAACUGAAUGAAAUCCCAAAUUCAUUAUGGGUGACGUAUUGUUUUGGGGUGGCUGGUCAAAUAUUAAGUGUGUUCGUGCUUAUAUUCAUUGCCUUUCUGUUUUAAGCUUUAAAACAGCUAAAAUUACAAAAGCUCCUAUACUUUGGUAUAGACAAAGUACACAAAAAGCUGAAAAAAUAGCUGAGAGUUCAGCUAUAACUCUCACAUCUCUGCUUUUUGCACAUGUAUUCUGUAUCUGACUUUGACUGAAAUAUUCAUGAAUCACCACAAAGACUGUUGCAGAGUGUUGAUGGAUGGUUAUAGGGGAGGGGGAUGCCCCUAGCUCCCUUUCUGUACAGUGAGGAUUUAAAGUGGUUUCAUUUUCAUGUACAUGCAAUUAGGUUGAUAUACAUGUAUUCUUUUUACUUACACCAAUAUUGUCCAGACAAAAUUCGUCUUUUGAGAAGAUCAGAUAUGCUCAGUCUGGACAGAUUGACUUUGGGAAGGUCACACAUAUGUGUUUGAAUCAAAUUUUUUCUGAAUAUUUGUGUAUAAUUUGUAUAUAUUAUUAAAACAGUAUAACAAUUCUAUCAAUAAAAUGUGAUAAUGAAUAUAAUCUCUUGGUUUUCAUGAAAGGCCUCAUGAAUACAAUGUAUCUUCAACUUUUAAUAACAGCAAAGAUUCAAUUCACAUGUGGUUAUCAUGACACGGUCAACAAUGUAAACAAUCUCAAAUACAAACAGAGCAACUUUGGUGGGUUUAUUUUGUAUUUAAUACAUAUGAACAUCUACAAGAAUGCACAUUUUAAAUAAGCAAAUACAAAGAUAGUAAACUAAGCAAAAUACAGAGGGUAAAGAUGAUCUUGAUAGAUACACAAUAGUAAGACAUGGAAUGCUUUGUGACAGACGAAUAAAUUAACAUUUCUACAGCAAAACAAAACAAAAUCUAUUUCUUUGUACAGAUACUUAUCUACAUGGUGUCCAAUAUGCGCGAAGCAUUAGCUGCAACAUAAUGAUAAAACGUGUCAAAAAAAUGAGCAACUACAAGUAAAAAUUGUCCAAUGUAAGGAGGGCAUUAGCAUACACAAAAUGAAAUCGAUGAUCAUUAUACAAAAACAUGCAAAUUGUUCGAUCAAAUAAUAUAUAUAAUUCUCUUUCUUUGGUGAUACUAAGGGCAAAUGUCCAAUUUAAUACGCAAUGGUAUACUGUAUGUCUAAUAAAGCAGCUAAGCAUGUGCAAUGCUAUGUCCAAUUAAGCAUUUGGCUUCAUAAAUACUGAAUACUGCGAUCAUUUAAAAUUUAAAAUAAAAAAAUACUGAUUAAGAAUCUUUAGAUAGUGCAUUGGAAGAAUAGAUUGACAUAUUAUUGGUUGAAGCAACUCAUGAAAAUCAUAUGUAUAUCAUUUUUUUUAAUUUUUACACUUCAAGCCAGGAUUGGCUCCCAUAAUGCAUUAUUAUUUUUUUUUUACUUGACAAUAAGUCAUGUUUGUAAAAUAUAUAGUAAUCAUAGAGAAAAGUAUACUUUAUAAUUGAAUUAGAGUGAUCAAAUAUAAUUUCUAUUUUUUUAUGUGAUAAAUAUAAUCUAAAUUACAUUAUGCUGUCAUUCUUAGGGUGUUGCACAAAACUAAUAUGAAUUGCAAGUCAAUAUUAGGUCCCAAAGUCAACUGAAAUCAAGUCGAGUAAUUUAAUGCAAUCAGAAAUCUUGCCAACAAUCGCUUCUUGCUACAGAAAUCGACUUGCUAUUGUUUAAUCUCAACAAACCAUUGCAAAUUUUGUAGCUCCACAUUUGCGUUUGAAAGCAAGAAUGAUAAUUUCUCAAAACAUCACUGGAAGUUAAGUUGAUCUCCAUUAAAAGGAAAAUAGAUCAACUUUGGCACAUAGCAAAAUCAAUUGAGAACACAUUUUCAAAUGUUUGGGCUUAUCACCUUUGACAUGCCCAUACGACUCCUGAUAAAUGACAUAUGAAGAUUCCUAAUACUGGAAGUUCAGAAUUUGGUGCAAGCAAUCACUUUUUGUGGUAAUGAA